AUGAAUAUCGCAGACCGUCUCACGAAAUGGAGGCCGGACUCAGGCUUGUCCAAGGAAUGGUUCCAAGGCCCAAGCUUUCUUUAUGACAGCAUGGAAAAUUGGCCACAACAACCUUUACCCCCUGCGAACACCAAGACAGAAAUGCGAGCAAUGUAUCUUUUCCACGACGUAGUGCUACCAGAAACGCUCAUUGAUGUGACCAGAUUCUCCAAGUGGAAUAUUUUGGUGAGAACAGUGGCGAGUGUACUUCGUUUCAAUUCUAACUGCCGUCGAAAAUUACGAAGAGAUCCGAUUGAAACUUUGAAACCAACACCCAAUCAACUAAAGAAAAUAAUGGUAAUUAUUCCAACGAUCAGAGUACCGUUGACUCAAAGCGAGUAUCAUCAAGCAGAAAUAAUAUUAUUCAGAUAUGCCCAAAGCCCCGCGUACGGUGACGAAAUAAAGACUCUUACUAAAAAUCAAGAACUUGAACCGUCACGGUGGAUGCACCUGGAGAAAAGUAGCCCACUUUAUAAAGUGACACCGCUCUUAGAUUGCGACAAGGUACUACGGAUGGAAGGAAGAUGUGAUAUGGCAGAUACAUUACCGUUCGACAUGCGUUUUCCCAUCAUCCUUCCCAAGGAUAGCAUCGUUACUGAACUUUUAGUGCGACACUAUCACGAAUCGUUUGGACACGCGUUCAGAGACACCGUGAAAAACGAAAUAAAACAACGGUUUCUCAUAUUUAGUUUGAAUUCGGUGGUAGCGAAAGCCGAGCGGAACUGUGUUUGGUGCAAAGUUCAUAAAAAUCGACCGAGAACUCCACGAAUGGCGUCUCUGCCCGUUCAACGUUUGACCCCGUACUAG